CGUGGGCCAGGAGUCGCAGUUCGGGGCUGGCCGGCUCCCCGACCCGCGCGGUCGCACAGAUGGCGGUGCUGGCGAUCUUGGCCAAGAAGGUGUGGAGCAGCCGGCGCCUGCUGGUGCUGCUCAUCGCGCCGCUGCUGCUGCUGCCGGUGGUGUUCGCCCUCCCGCCCAAGGAAGGCCGCUGCCUGUUUGUCAUCCUGCUCAUGGCCGUGUACUGGUGCACGGAGGCGCUGCCCCUGUCGGUGACAGCCCUGCUGCCCAUCAUCCUCUUCCCCUUCCUGGGUAUCCUGAAGUCCAAAGACGUCUGCCCCCAGUACUUCGUGGACACCAACUUCCUCUUCCUCAGUGGUCUGAUCAUGGCCAGCGCCAUCGAGGAGUGGAACCUGCACCGGAGAAUCGCCCUCAAGAUCCUCACAUUUGUGGGGGUCCGGCCGGUCUGGCUCAUCUUUGGAAUGAUGGUGAGCACCGCCUUCCUGUCCAUGUGGCUGAGCAACACUGCCUCCACCGCCAUGAUGCUGCCCAUCGCCAGCGCCAUCCUCAAGAACCUCUUCGGUGAGGAGGACGAGAACACAGUUGCUGUGGCGACAAAAGGCAUGAACCCUGUGCCCAUGGAGAUGCAAUUUCUUGCCAGAAGAGAAGACAAAGACUUCCCUGAGGAGGCAGAGGAUCCGCCGGCUCUUGCAGACAGCAACAAGAAGGCGAAAGAAUAUCGCAAAAACAUCUGGAAGGGCCUCCUCAUCUCCAUCCCUUACGCGGCCAGCAUUGGGGGCACGGCCACUCUCACCGGCACGGCUCCCAACCUCAUCCUACUUGGUGGGAUCAAGAGUGCCUUCCCACAGAGCGACGUGGUGAAUUUCGGCUCCUGGUUCAUUUUCGCCUUACCUCUUAUGGUGCUGUUCCUGGUGAUUGCCUGGCUCUGGAUCUCCUUCCUGUAUGGGGGAAUGUUCACGAGGGGCUGGAAGAAGGACACAGAGGUCAAUGCUACUGGAGAAGAAAGGGCUCGAGCUGUGAUUCAGGAGGAAUACAAGAGUCUGGGGCACAUGGUGUUUGCUGAACGGGCGGUUUUCGUCCUUUUCUGCAUGUUCGCCAUCCUCCUCUUCUUCCGGGACCCGAAGUUCAUCCCUGGCUGGUCCAAUCUCUUCAAACCUGGGUUUACUUCUGAUGCUGUAACCGGCGUGAGCAUUGUCACCAUCUUGUUUUUCUUCCCAUCCAAAAGGCCCUCUCUCAAGUGGUGGUGUGACUUUAAAGCUCCCAACACAGAGACAAAGCCCCUGCUGACGUGGAAGAGGGCGGAGGAAACCAUCCCCUGGAGCAUCAUCCUCCUCCUGGGAGGUGGCUUCGCCAUGGCCAAGGCCUGCGAGCAGUCCGGGCUGUCGUUGUGGAUCAGCGAUCAGCUGCACCCGCUGGAGAACGUGUCUCCCGCGCUGGCCGUCUUCGCCGCCUCUCUCUAUCCAUGUGUCUUUGUCUCUCUUUCUGUCUCUAAAUCUGUCUCCGUGUUGUUCUCCCUCCAACUGUCUCUACCUCUUAUGUCUUUGUCUCACCACCGAGCCCAGGCCAUCCGCCUGAAAGUGCACCCCCUGUACCUGAUGAUCCCUGCCACCGUGGGCUGCUCCUACGCCUUCAUGCUCCCGGUCUCGACACCCCCCAACUCAAUUGCCUUCGCCACUGGACACUUGCUGGUCAAAGACAUGGUGCGGACAGGCCUCCUGAUGAACCUGAUGGGCAUCAUGAUACUCAACGUGGCCAUCAAUACUUGGGCACAGCCCAUCUUCCAGCUGGGCUCCUUCCCGGACUGGGCCCAAGACCACUUAACCAAUGUCACAGGAAAGCCACCCUCACUGGUGGCCAACGACACGUUACUUGCCCUCUGAGUCCUCCUUGGAGACUCUGGGCCGGGCCCUCCCAGAAGGCUUUACCAGUACCUGCUCUUAGGAUCAGACAGGGUGAUCAAGCAAUUCUCUGUGAUCCAGAAGGCAACACGCAAGGGUAACCUCCGGUGGUCCACUUGGGUCAGCAAGUUCAUUACCUGGGACACCUUCUCCUCGCUCAUGCAGCUCAGGACUCAGAUAUUUCCCAGAUCUCAAGCUCCUUUAUCUCUGAGCUGGAAUGUGGUUAGCAUGCAAGAGGGCCCAACUCCAGCAACAAUAAAUAAAUCUAGAAUUGCUUUUGUCUUGAACAGUUGGGAUGGGAAUCUAUCCAUCCCCAAGGGCACAGUGAACAUUCCCCACUGACUACUGUAGGUUGCACUCUGGGCAGACCAUCUCGCCUUUAGGGGCCACCUUCCUUGGAGACCUGUCCCAGCUGCUCACAGCUGACAUGUUCAGUUCAGCGGGGGCCCGUUCUGCACCAGUUGUUUGACUAUUUCCCCUGUUGAAACCCAGCAGCCAGGGGAAUUUUCAACCCAUGGAGCCGGGGGGAAGGGGAGCAGGGGUCAGAAGGGACAGAUGGCCUCCUGAGGACACGGAGACUUGCAGAGCCUCCUUCCUGCGUCUCUGAGCUCCCAAGCACACCAGGGGAGUUCUAGAACCCCCGCUGACAUCUCUACCCAAGCUGUUAUGAUUCUCCUGUUCAAUCUGAUUCACUGCGGCCAUAUUUCUAGAGUUGGGCCAACCUGGGCCCUGCCCUCUUGCAGGUGACUCAUGGCUCCUCCAGCCAGAACCCACCUGCCUGUGGCCCGCAGAGGCCCGUGUGGCUGCUGGCUGCUGCUUGCUCCGCAGCUGGUUCCAACCCUACCCCAACUGGCAAGGACAUUUGAUUAGCAAAGACCAUAUUUUCCAGGGAGGAGAGGAAAGUCAAGAGAGAAACUGGGGACUUGCAAAGGGCCAGGGUGACAUGUCGCAAGCAGGCCAAGUAUCACAAUCCUCUUUCCAGACAGGGCCACUGAGACUUCCCGAGAGCCAGUGGCUGGCGGGCUCUCCUUGGGGAUCCCAUCACCGCUGGCUUCAAGCAGAAGUAUCUGGGCAUCUCCAGUGAACAACACAGUCCUGGGCCCUGCAGAUGCUCAGCAAGUGUCUGUGGAAGGAGUGGCCCAGCAUUAGCAUAGCACCGGCAAAGGCACCCCGAGGGCCCCAGAGCCCUCUCCCCUUCCUGCACCUCCGAGGGAUGAGGUUCCCUGAGCAGCAGCCUGGGCCUGGAAGGCAGUCCCCAGAGACUAAACUCACCCUCAGUACAGCAGGAGUGAGUCAUGCAUGUACUUCCCUGGAAGCGGGCUCCUUCCCAACUGAGUAGAAUGUCAGUUUUUAGUCACAGUUACAGCCCGGGGGUGAGGAGUGGGGGAAGGUGUGUUCCCUGUGGGACAGGGUAGGAGAGAAGUGCGUUCACAGAGAAACCCAUGGAACUUAUAACCAGAUGAACCAUGAUUUCAAGUACUUUUGAUUGAAAAUGCUAUAAAAUAAAGAAUGUUAAUCAACA